CCCAAACGGAAUUCUCCUUUUUUUCCAAAUCCCACACAAUUCUUUGCUAAAUUUAACAAUAAAAUCUGCAAAUGAUAAUUUGAUUAUGCGCUUCUUUAUGUGAUUCCCAAGCUUCUCUCCCACGAUUCAAGUCAACUUCCAUCCACACAAACACAACAAAAAUCAGAGUAUUCCAUAAACCCUUUAUUGGGCCAACAAAUAAGAAAAAGAGAAAGGGUUGAAAAAAAAAGAGAGGGAAAGAACAUGGAGAAGUUAUGUUGAAGGUUGGUUGGAUUCUUAAUUGAUGAAAAGGGUUUUCUAAUGAAGCUUUGAUUAGAGAGAAAUAAUAGGAGAUGGGUAUUGCUUGGGUUGGCGUUUUGUGGAUUCUUUACCUCUCUCGUCCCUGUCGUAACUGUAAAAGCAAGGAGAGUGAGGUGAAGCAAUAUGAAGACUAAGAAUUGGAUCAAAGAGCAAAGGAGGGCUCGGGUAAAACGGAGGUUAGGAAAGAUCAUGAAGUGCCUCAGCUCGGGAGAGCAAUUAAUAGUUGAUGAAAUUGUUCCUUCGCCUGCGUCCCUUGCAACAAAAGAUUAUGCAGUUGGUGCGUAUUCACCUCAUGCUGGCGAAAUUGACCAGAAGCCAGAUAUUGGCAAUAUUGAAGAAGCUGAGUCCUCUCUGCGGGAGAGUGGUUAUUUGAAUUACGAGGAAGCAAGAGCACUGCUGGGAAGAUAUGAAUAUCAAAAGGGAAACACAGAAGCGGCGUUGCAUGUAUUUGAAGGCAUAGAUAUUGCUGCAGUGACUCCAAAGAUGAGACUCACUCUUUCACGAAGAGUAGAACGUCCUAAGAGAUUUUCACAAAGUGAUGCUGCCCCACCGAUGUCUAUACAUGCCGUUAGUUUACUCCUGGAAGCUGUUUAUCUCAAAGCAAAGUCAUUACAGGCUCUAGGGAGGUAUAAAGAAGCUGCUCAAUCAUGCAAAGUUAUUCUGGACAUUGUUGAAUCUUCAUUACCAGAGGGCUUGCCUGAAAACUUUGGUGCUGAAUGUAAAUUGCAGGAGACUCUAAACAAGGCGGUUGAGCUGCUUCCUGAAUUAUGGAAAUUAGCUGAUUCUCCUCAUGAAGCAAUCUUAUCAUACCGGCAGGCCCUUCUCUAUCAUUGGAACCUUGAAGAAGAAACCACAGCGAAGAUUCAAAAAGAGUUUGCCAUUUUUCUUUUGUACAGUGGAAGUGAAGCAAGCCCCCCAAACCUCCGUUCCCAAAUGGACAGUUCAUUUGUACCCAGAAAUAACAUAGAAGAAGCUAUUAUCCUUUUGAUGAUUCUAACAAGAAAAGUGUCCCUCAAAAGAAUUGACUGGGACCCAUCAGUUAUGGAUCACCUUUCAUAUGCUUUAUCUGUCUCGGGGGAACUAAGGGCAUUAGCUAAUCAAGUGGAGGGAUUGCUUCCCGGACUUAUAGAUAGGAAAGAAACUUAUCUCACUCUAGCUAACUGUUAUUACGGAGAGACUGAAGACUUAACUGCUUUGAAUUUGCUGAGGAAAUUGCUACAUAAUAAGGAGGAUCCACAUUGUAUUCCGGGUUUACUAAUGGCUUCAAAGAUUUGUGGUGAAAACCCUGAGUACUCAGAAGAAGGGAUAAAUUUUGCCCAAAGAGCCCUUGAAGACUUGGUGGGAAGAUGCGAUGAGAUGGUCGGUGUUGCUCAUUGUUUAUUAGGAAUCUCACUCUCAGCCCAUUCGAGAUUUGUUAUUGUUGAUGAUGAGAAGGUCAAGAGACAAUCAGAGGCACUUCAAUCCCUAGAAAAUGCUGGGAAAAUGACGAGAAUGAGGGACCCCAACAUCGUUUACCAUCUUAGCCUAGAAAAUGCCGUGCAGAGGAAAUUGGAUGCUGCACUUCAUUAUGCUAAGUGCUUACUGAAAUUGGAAGGUGGGUCGAAUCUAAAAGGAUGGAUACUGUUGGCUAGGGUUUUUUCUGCCCAAAAACGGUUUUUGGACGCCGAAAAUAUUGUAGAUGCUGCUCUAGAUCAGACUGGGAAAUGGGAUCAGGGCGAAUUGUUGAGACUUAAAGCUAAAAUCCAAAUUGCUCAGGGCCAGUUAAAGAAUGCCAUUGAAACUUAUGCUCAGAUUCUUGCUGUUCUUCAAGUCCAGAAUAAAAGCUUUGGAUCUGGGAAGAAGCAUUUGAAGCACAAUGGGAACCAUGGUAGAACUUUGGAAUUGGAAACGUGGCAUGAUCUGGCUUCUGUCUACAUAAGCUUGUCGCAAUGGGACGAUGCUGAGAUUUGUCUUUCCAAAUCAGAGGCCAUCAGUCAUCACUCUGCUUCUAGAUGGCAUGUCCGCGGUUUGCUUCAUCAAGCAAAGGGCCUCAACAAAGAAGCUCUUAAAGCCUUUAGGCAAGCUUUAGAUGUUGAACCCACCCAUGUUCCGAGUCUGGUCUCCAUUGCAGUGGUUCUCAGAAAUCUAGGAAGCCGCUCUCCGGCUGUUGUCAGAAGCUUUCUGACAGAAGCGAUACGGCUUGACAGAAUGAAUGCUUCUGCUUGGUAUAAUCUGGGUCUGCUUUACAAAGACGAAGGUGUUGCAUUGGCAGUGGAGGCUGCAGAGUGUUUUGAGGCUGCUGCAAUUCUUGAAGAGACUUCUCCUCUUGAACCCUUAAGAUGACUGGUUCAGUUCACCCAUCAAGCUUGUACUUGAAUUCCCUCUAAUGUAUUUUGAUCACAUAUAUAUAUUGGUUCAAUGGAAAAGCAAUGGAAUAAAAGUUAUAGCUGUUGUUGUCGA